AGGAGGCGCCCGUGGUCGAGGUCGCGGCGGGGGACGCGGCCUCUGCUGGGUACCUAGCGGGAGGUCAGGGGGUUCUCUUGGAACCUCAGCUUCCGGGGCACGUCAGCAGAAACAAUGCCAGGGGCUUCCACUGUGUUUUGGAUGACAUGGUAGCACAGCUUCAAAUUCCCUCAUCAUCUUAGUCCUCAGUGCUGUCCCGUCCACCACCAAGCUGGAAUCAUUCUGUGAGCCACAGCCACCCCCCACCUCUGCAAGAGACCCUCCAACACUAGCAGGAGAAGGGAGCAUUGACCUUUCCUUCAUCAGGCCAAAGAUGCCUCUCUUUGGGAGUACAUUCAGUCCGAAGAAGACGCCCCCUCGGAAGUCUGCGUCUCUCUCCAACCUGCAUAAUUUGGAUCGGUCGACCCGGGAGGUGGAGCUGGGCCUUGACUAUGGAACGCCCACCAUGAACCUGGCUGGGCAGAGCCUGAAGUUUGAAAACGGCCAGUGGAUAGCAGAGACAGGGAUUAGUGGAGGUGUGGACCGGAGGGAGGCCCAGCGCCUCCGGAGGCGGAACCAGCAGCUGGAGGAAGAGAACAAUCUCUUGCGGCUGAAGGUGGACAUCCUGCUGGACAUGCUCUCUGAGACCACUGCCGAAUCCCACUUAAUGGAGAAGGAGCUGGAUGAACUGAAGAGUGUCAGCCGGCGGAGAAAAUGAAGACCCCGAAGACACCCGUUAGGAGCACAGGGGGAAACCCAUUCGUCAGAAGAAGAGGAUGUGGCUGAGGGAAUUUUUAACCAAACUAGUGGAUUAGGUCCUGGGAGAGUAUCAUAUAAUGGGGCCAAAGGCACUGGCCCCCUAAGGUCGGCAGUAGGAAGGUGACAGCGUAGUGGAUUCCAGGCCAGUCCUGUGCUUCACAGCACAGGGAGGCCUCCUCAGGGAGGUCUGGGGUGACGGAGGCCUUUGGGUGUUCUCCAUUCACUUAACACACAAAUGCCCGUGGCCCAGGCUCACCCUCAUUGGACGGAGUUCAUCGUAUCAUCCCCUCACACUGUUGUGUGUGGUGUGGCAUCAGGUGUACAGAGCCUUGUUGUUAGGGGUCUCAGAUAAGGAGCUCUCCUGGUUCUCUGCCCUUCAGGCCACUCUCUCCCUCCUUUAAAGAAUACUCGUUCCCCAAAUCCACAGCCUCCUCUGGCUUCAGCUUCUCAGCAGCAAGCACCGACCUCCCACGGCAACACUAUAUUUUUGUGCUACUUUCCUGUUUACCCUACUUUUUUCAAUUAAAUGAUGUUCUAUAAUCUC